AUGAGUCAUCCGCCUCAGGCACCGGCGUCCCUGUCUGCGCUCUCGCCCAUCGAGAUGACUGCUGUGGCAUUCGCAUGCAUUGCUGGCGCCGCGACCGUGGCUGCGAACGUGCGCGCUCUAACCGCAACCGCAGCCACGGCCAGCCAGCUGUCUCGCCCCGUUGCUGUCCGCCCCACCCGCGACUCUGCCUCGUCAACUGCUGCUGCUGCUGCUGCUGCUGCUGCUGCUGCUUCUGGUUCAAGCUCGUCUUCUGGCGAUGGCCGCUGUGCCACUCCGCCCGUGUGCGUCCUCUGCUUGGACGCUGAGCACCAGCCGUCGGACAUGGAUUUGGAAGUGCUUUGCGACCUGCACAGGGCCACAGUGCAACAAGGCGCAUCGUCCAUCGGUCGGACUGCUGAUUCUGGUGCUUGUGACAGAGCGGGGAGCUCAACGACCAUGGUCAUUGUCACUGCUCCGCCCUGCAACAACGACGACCGCCCGCGGUCCCGGCUCGGAGGGCUCCCGGCGACCCUUUCGUCGCUGUUUGCAUUCGUGUCGCGGUCGAAUUCGCGUGCAGGGUCGCAGGCCCCUUCCCGCGCCGGCUCCCCAACGUUUGGCGAAUUCAGCCAGCCUUCCGCCUUGGACGAUCCGCUCGUCGCGGCGACUGCAGCGGCAAAAGCCCAUUCCAACCCGAACGUUGCUGUCACUACCAGCAGUCCUGCAGCGACCAAUGCUGCGUCAUUAGCACCGCCAAAGUCACAAUUACAAUCACAAUCACAGUCACAAUCACAGUCACAAUCACAAUCACACGAGCACCCCACUUCUGCGGGCGCGGCUCCAAGCCUCAGCCACUCUGCGCUCACCCCGGAUUCAGCCACAUUACUCGCUCUGGCACCGGUGGUCCAUCCCAACGACCCGCUGUGCAUACCCAUGACGUUGCCAUACUACCCUCCCGUGUCCUAUCUGCUUGACACGCUCCCACAGCAGCCUCCGCCGCCGACGGCGUGGACCGACCUCUUUUGGCGAUAUGUCGCACGGCAAGUCGACAUGCACCAUCGUCGCUUGUACCGCGAAAAGAGUCCGAAACGCAUCGUGCUGGUUCGGCACGGCGAGUCGCAGGCAAAUGUCGACGCCUCCGUGUAUGCCACGGUGCCAGACAGCCAGAUCAGCCUGACGGAAAACGGCAAGCGGCAAGCCGCGCAUGCUGGUCGCGAAAUCAAAGCCAUGGUUGGCGACGACAAGGUGCUGUUUUACGUGUCGCCGUUUGCACGCACGCGCGAGACCUAUGCCGAAAUUGUGCGCCACUUUGAUCCCGGCCAAGUGUCGAUGCGCGAGGAUCCGCGCAUCCGCGAGCAAGAGUGGGGCAAUCUCCAGGCCCUUGAUGGGUACAAGACAAUCCAAGCCCAGCGCGAACUUGUCGGCGCCUUCUUUUUCCGCUUUUUGAACGGCGAGAGUGGCGCGGACGUGUUUGAUCGGGUGAGCAAUUUCCUCGAGUCGCUGUUCCGCGAGUUUGAGAAUGGCAAGGCCCAGCAUGUCGUCAUUAUUUCGCACGGCCUUGCCAUCCGGCUGUUCCUGAUGCGUUACUUUCGCCUGUCUGUCCAGCAAUUUGAGGCACUCGAUAACUUCCACAACUGUGAGUACGUCAGUCUCAACAAGCGACUGCCUGAUUUCAAGUAUUACCUGGCCAGCAAGCUGCGUACUCGUCCCCGGCGCCGUCACGCCCCUCCAGCUGCUGGCGACAGCGGUGCAGCAACAAGCUCUGCGCCACCACCGACGGCUGGUGGGUUGGAUUCUUACCAACGCGAAUGACAUUCGCAGAUUCAAACGUCGUGAAGUGUCUGUAGCACCAGUUAAAUACAUGUUUAUUUACAAACAA